AUGUCGAAACGAUCAUAUCCCAGGGGUGCAGAGAAAAGAAAAAAAGCUGCUCACCAAAAAGAAACUAAUAAAUUACUGAAAUUGACUUCAUUUUUCACACCUGGAGAUGCUGCUGCUCUUGGAGUUAGCAAGCAAAUUGAUCCUCCCAACUUGUUGCAGCAAGAAAACAAUGAGAGAACAUUAACACCUAUUUCUAGCCCAGGAAAAAAUUGCCGAUGCGACGUAACUCUACCGACAACUGAUUUUUCAGACCAAAUGCAAUUUUCAACAGGAAACGAAAACAUUUCUCGCGAUCCUGGUAAUUAUUGGGAUGCAGGAGGGACGGAAAACGUACGUGAACUAUGGAUUCGCAAAGGACCAGAGUUUUUCCAAAAUAAAGACUGUGACUUCUCAGAAGCUUCCAGAAGUUACUUACAAUUAGAGCUGCAUGGUAGAAUAAAAACAAGGAAUUUGAAUAAGACAGUUUUCAUCCGCAAAUUAAAGAAUGGUGAAAGUAUUGAAAGAAAAUGGCUCCUGUAUUCACCAUCGAAGAAGUCUGUAUUUUGUUAUUCCUGCUGUCUUUUCAAUGCUUCUAACACAAACUUCAGUUUACCGAGUAGAUGUAAUGAUUGGAAACAUAUCAAUAAUCUCAUAUUGGAACACGAGAAUAGUUUAGUGCACAGGCAAUCUAUGAUGACUUACAUUGCGCGAAGUAAAACUGUUGGUAGGGUAGAUAUUGACCUGCUUUCUCAACAUAAGACAGAGGUAGAUUACUAG